AUGUCAAACACAAGUAUUUCGUCAACAGAAUCGUGGCGCGAUAGUUGGAUUUAUUAAACCGAUUAUUUAACAAAAUAAACAAUUAUCAUGCGUUUAUUGGUGGAACACAGAUUAUAGUCUAUACCGAUAGACCCCAGCUGCUCGUGUGUUGUGAUUUAUAUUAAUAAUUUCAGCCAAAUUCCUUAAGCUUGUUUUUUGCGAAUCGUUCUUAUUGAUUUUCGUUCUUCGCCGGUUCGUGUAUUUCGUGUUUAAAAGUUUUUCUAACACAAUAGUUAAUUAAGACUGGUAGUCAGUGACUUAAAUAAGUUUUAUAGACUUCGUUAAAAGUAAGGAGACUUUAAUCGUGUAUUGUGUGCGUGGGAAAAUUGAUUGACAAAAUGGACAAAAUAGAGUCGGCGUUGGAUGUUCUGUCGAGAGCAGCCACCAUGGUGCAGCCGUGUCCGGCAUACCCCGCCAGUGACUCAGAGGGCUUUGAAACGCCGAGCACAGCGUCGAGCGGCGAGUCGGAGUGUGACAGGACCCAGUCUCCAGAAACACCCAAAAGCCAGCCGAAAGAGCUUAUUGGGAAGUGGCGCAGAGAGCGACGCAACACACGCCUUCCUGACUACAGACCCAGAGACAACUGCAAGAUGGCGCUACGCUCGCAGUCGUUCAACGAGAAGCGUACUUUGACAGUGGCGCGAACGCAGCGCCACAGUGACGGCGAGUUGUCAGAUGAGACAGAAGACGCUCCUGCCAACCUGACACUCAAUGGAAAAGCACCUCCAGAGUAUCCCGGGGUGAAGCACGAGGCUCCCAUCGACAUGCGGCUCCGCUCCAGACCUGCACCACCUCCUUACACCAGGCCCUCCGUGAUCAAGAGUAGCGACCCUCCCCCUGAUUCUCUUUCGAUGUGCGACACUGUAAUCGAGGAACACUUCCGGCGAUCGCUCGGAGACAACUACAUGAAUAUAAUCAAGAAGAACGCGGACUCUCAGCCCGGGCCCAAACCAAACACAAAAGACCGGGCGAGCAGCCCCAUACAGUUCACGCCCGACGAUCCCAAGCCGACCAAAAUAAUAGCAAUGGAGGUCGAUGACGCCAGUGUCUCGGUCGACGACCAUUUCACGAAGGCACUCGGCGACACGUGGCGACAAAUACAGACGUCGCGGCUAAAGGAUAGCGACAAGUCGUCGAAUGGCGUCGACGAUCACUUCAGCAAAGCUCUCGGCGACACGUGGAAUAAAAUAAAGUCGUCGAAACUCGACCAAGACAAGGCGAAAGACCACAAAAUUAUUACGAGGAGCGGCGUAGUCAUAUAGACGUUAUUGACUCGGUUUAUGGCUUGUGAAAAUUACGAGACGUCACUGAAUAUCGAUAAAUUAGCACUUGUUUGAACGCUGUCGGUUUUACUGUGGCAUUAAUUGUGUUUACCAUGACAAAUAUUACUGCUGUUGUAUGAAUCGUGGUAUGAAAUAUCAAAGAUUAAUUAAUUGUAAGGUAAUUAAUGUAUUAUGUAUGAGUCUUGAUUGUUGCGCAAUUGGAAUGGGCUGUUUUUAUUUUUAAAAACUUCAUUAUAAUGACGAGUGUUGGUAUAAUUCGUUCGUUAAUAUUAAACUUUAUCUAUUAUGAAAAUUAAUACUUCAAUUACUGACGAGUUCAUAAUAAUUAUAUGAAUAUCGUUUAUUUAAAAUAUUUCUCAGCGUUACAAUUUUGUUAGUAACUAAGUCAACUAUGAUAAUGCAAUCCAAAAGUGUCUUGAGCCUAAUUAAACUAGAAUCAAGGCGAGUGACUAUCUAACUGUUAAAAUGGUUGCAAAAAAUAAAUUGCAAUCGAUAAAUAUGGCCUAAAUAGCCUUAAGAUUUGAGAGCAAACUAAACUUUAGUUUCAGACUUAGGUGUUUUAGUGCAUUUGAGCUUCGAUUGCGUGUUUGGAAGUGGAAAUGGGAAUCAAUUAUCAAAAAGUUAAACUUUGACCGACUUCAAAAAUAUUCAAUUUACGAUACAAUAACAAAAUACAAAUAUUUUAAACAGGAUAACUAAAAAUUUUCACUUAAAGAAUCGUAUUCAUGAAAUGUGCAAGCAUUUUCGGUUUGAAGGCUGCAAAUGAAAUCAUACUAGUUCUUCCUCGGAUUUUUGACGAGGCAGAUCUAGUAUAGACUAAGCCAAAACAGUUUAUCCUGAGGUGUAGGUGUUAUUCAUGUUAGGCUCAACUAGUUCAGCCUAAGAUAAUCGGGUUUGUCGAAAGGCCGAUAGGAGAAACUAGUUUAAACUAGUCUGUACCGGUUUAUCUUAUCACCUAAACGAUGAACUGAUUUGGCAUUGAAAAAAACGAGUUUGUCAUAAAAUCGGGCUUAACCGUCGAGGCAGAACCAGUUUAUCCUGAUGUGUACUUAUUCAUUUUAGAUAACAAAUAAGUUACUCCGUCUUAUUUGAUGUCGGAUGAAGAGCCACUUGAAACAGUUCCAUCAACUUAAUAAUAAAAGCGGGUGUUAGACACGAUGUAGUCAACUUUAGUCACCAUUUACACAUUGUAAAGUAUUACCUCAAUAUAAGCGCUUUGCACAACUCACUUAAGUUAACCUAGGUUUAAGCUGUGAAUAAAUAAAUCGAAUAUUUAGUUGUAAGUCACUUUCAAGUAUAUUGUUUGGUUUAUUAAAUUUUCCUUUGUUGAACGACAAUUGUUAAGCUUUUGUGGAGACGUGACUUCUUUAACGAGUUGUAUGUUAUUGAGUCCGAUUGAUUUAUGCUUUUUUUUUUAAACUUAAUCCUGUCUUAUUGAUAAACGCAGUGUUAAGUUACUCCAACUUAAAAGUCUCUCUCUCGUGUAAUUGUGUAGUGACAAAGGCAAGUAAGAUAAAGACAAAAAGUUUUAAAUUUGUAGUAACUUUACUUUGCUUUAAUAAUAACACAGUUUAAAUAUGAAAUUGCAUUAUGCAAUUAAUGCUAAAUCCCAACUUUUAAAAGAGAAAACAAAUUGAAAUUCCGUCUUUAAUUCAAAUGUAUAUAAGAAGACUAGUUAUGUACUAUAAUAGAAUUAAUUCUAAAAAGCUUUUGUACCAUUUCAGUUUUUGCCCGGUUCGGUAAAAAAAUAACUAAAUUAAUGCAUGAAGCUGCAUCUUUAGUAAAAACAUUUCUAAUAGCUUUUUAACUAUUUUUAGUCAAUGGCAUUGGCCAACAUAUUGAUGUUAGAAAUUUUGACUUCCACAACAAAAAUGAGAAAAUUCCACAUAUCUUUAAAAAAUAGAAGAAAAAUAGGAAGUUUAUUCUUGAGAUUGAGUUAAUUCAAAAUGUCGUUUUUUUAAAUAUAUUUGUUUGAUGUGCUUUGAUUUGAGCUUAGGGCCUAGAUGACUAUGACAUGAAUAAAUAAAAUAAAUAAACAUUUGUAAUUUGUGGGGAUCGGAUUUAAGAGUCAAGAUAAUUUUACAUCGUGAUUGUGAGUCAAGUUGUUUAUUGUACGUCAGUAUCGUCGCGUCACUUUUUCUCAUAAAAUAAAUAACAAUAAAAUAGGGAAUCAGAUUGAAAAAAAACACUUGACCUAAUACACAUUCUAUUUAUUUUGUCGAUUGUUGAACAACUGUAGCCAAUUUUCAAUCUUGUUCAUUUUUCCAACAAAUCUAACUCCAACGCAUAAUAUAUUCCACAAAUGUUAUGCAAUGGUUGCAUUCCGCAUGCAUAACUUAGCAUAAUUUAAAGGUAACUUGCAUAAAUUUUGUAUCAUACUCAUCAUAUGCAAGUCUGUGGAUUUUUGUACUUUAUUGACUUAAGCGAGGAAUAACAAAUAUAAUCAAAUAAAACUGGAGUUAAUCUGUAUUAGUUUCACUCUAACUUGCUAACCUUAAAUAUGGGCUCCGUCUAAAUGGUUUACAUAUUAUAUUAUCUGAGGUUGCUAUUAGUAAUAGUAGUAACCUUAUAAACCACUUAAAUGUAAAAUUAACAGUAAUUGUCCAUAAUUGAGGCAAAACACAAAUUGCUGUAUUAGUCGUUCGUCAGUUGUAUAUUUUUCUACUGUAGGUAUUUGUAAAUAUUUUCCUAUUUAUGCACCCUAUGUUUAAGAUGAAAAUAAAACACAGAACUUGAUAUUAA